AUGUCUCAAGACACCGACCUCGCCUCGUCGUCUUUCCACGGUAGCUACGGUCUAGACCUCUUUCCGUCUGACCUAGAGUCCAGUCAGCAAACCAUUGAAUCAACACCAGCCUCCGAACUAUUACAUCCUAUGAUCUCCUCCUCCCUUGAGCGAUUCGGAAACGACUGGAUUGUUUACUCCGAAAUGAGCAAAGAGGAUUUUAUUUUCUGGUGGCUUCAAACUAUCCACGGAAAUGAGCUUCGUGAAAGGAAUAAGAGCUUCUGGGAUCGAUCCCGAAGUCAUUCAGAGGCAUGCCGCAAGUUGAAUGGAACUACCCCAAUGGCAAGGCAUCUCAGAGGAGAGAAGUGCCAGAGACUUAGCAAUCGGAUUGCCGGAAAUAGCUCUCUUCAAGAACUUUUUGCCCGCCAGGCGCGCGAUUAUCCAGCCCACGAGAAACGCGAGUCUUUUACAAAAGAACUAUGGCAGCAAGAUAUCCUCACAGCUAUUACUGGUCUACGACUCCCUUUCCUGAUCAUCGAAAACCCAUUAUUCCAGAGGUUACUUCAGCGAGCCCAGUCGUCCCCUUUGCCUCUUGAGUUCCCUUCGGCAAAAACAAUACAGUGCCGGCUUCGAGAUACAGUUCAGGAAAGACACCAAUGUGUACUCAAGAAGCUACCCGCCGAGGCCAAAAUGUCUAUUGCACUAGACUGCUGGACCUCGCCUUUUCAACAAGCAUUUAUGGCUAUCACUGGCUACUUUAUUGAUGAUAAAUGGAAAUACCGUGAGCUUCUCCUCGGGUUUGAACCACUUCAUGGGUCCCACACUGGCGUUAAUCUUGGUACCGUUCUUUUUGAGGUUCUUCAGCGAUAUCAAUUGGUUGAACGAGUGUUGGCUGUGACAACAGAUAACGCUUCAAAUAACCAAACGUUAGUAGGAAGAGUGCAUGAGCAAUUGGAGUCGCUUAAUAUCAGCACUACAACACCGAUUAUCCGAGUUCCAUGUAUUGCUCAUGUUAUUCAACUGAGUCUCAAGAGCCUUCUCGGUUAUAUGAAGCUUGAACCAGUGAAUGAGGCUACACAGAGAGAAUGGUCUGAAAACCAGUCCCAAUCCCUCCGUGCUAGUCAAAGGAAGGGUAUAAUUUCUACCCUUAGCAAGGUUCAGGGCCUAGCGGUUUUUAUUAACGCUAGCCCUCAGCGUCGUGAUACAUUUCGAAGUCUCCAGAUUAAAGGCUCAAAGCUUUUGCCAAUCCAAGAUGUCAAAACCCGCUGGAACUCUACUUUCCUGAUGCUUCGACGCGCAAAGAGACUACAGCUAGUGUUUAACAAAUACUGCUCUGAGAAUCAGUAUGCGCAGUUCACGUUAGACCGGGACGAAUGGCGACAAAUCGACUACCUACUGUGUUUGACCCAACCUUUUUUCCAAUUUACCACUAUUCUCUGCCAAACCAAGGAGGUGACUAUCCAUAUCGUCUUCGAGAUCUAUCACUCUCUUUUUGGGCAUCUUGAAAAAUCGAUACACCAACUUCAACAAAAGAGAGUCCCUUGGAAGCAAUCAAUGCUUUUUGCAAUUCUGGCGGGACAGGAAAAGCUUGCAGCUUAUUAUGGUAGCACGACUAAAGCCCAUGGUGAUCUUUACGCGAUUGGUACAAUACUUGCACCACAGCACAAAUUGCAGUUCUUUUCGCGUGACGAAUGGGCAGAGAAUAAGUUCGCAUCUCGUGAGAGAUAUCGACAAAGUCUUAAAGACUAUGUUCGACCCUAUCACGAGCGAAUGUCCAAUAGCCAAGCAUUCUCAAAUAGCCAGGCAUCAUUGGAUCAGGGUUCACAGCUCGCAACACUCAUCGCGCAGGUCGGUUCGAACCAAAAGCCAUUACCUCGCCACAAUAACGAGGUUGAGAAUUAUCUUGAGAGUGGCACUACUUCAAUUGAUCCAUGUUCCUUCUGGAAAGGCCAUCAGCAUAAAUUUCCGAUGCUCGCAAGCGUUGCACGAGAUGUUCUAUCUAUCCCUGCAACGGGUGCGGGCGUUGAGCGAUUGUUUAAUUCUGCUCGGGAUAUCUGUCACUAUCGUCGAGGAUCACUGAAGCCUACAACGAUACGGGAUCUGGUGAUGUAUAUGUGUGCAACUAAGUUUGACCUCGGGGAGGAAGAAUUAGAAACCUUUAGGCAAUCCUUCUCGAGGGAAGAGAGAGAAACGGCGGAUGAAGAGAAGGAUGUCCAGCAUCCACAAGAAAAUCUUGAUCCUAUCAGCGAUGACGAGGAGGAUCCACGGAUUGAAUCUAGGGAAGUUGAAAUCAAUGCACAUGUGGCUACUGGGCUUAAUUCUGGCCGGGAGCAGUUGGAUCUUUUACAGGGUUCUUCUAGCGAGGGAGAAGAGGUUUUAGGAAUUACCAGAGGAUCGGGUGAUGAUGAUGAUGGUGAGCAUCCUUUACCAAGGGAUCACUCCCUAAAGCGCUCAUCAGGGAGAGACGUCCAGGUGGGCGGACGGGGGCCCCUCGGCCCGCCCACUGGACACCAAAAAGGUGUCCAAACCCGCCCAUGGACCGGUUUGGACAUGUCCAUCGAUGGGUCAAUUGGACUUUGGCGAGGUCUACCCUGA